AACUGCUUCAAUUGCGUUGCUUACGUGGCACAUCGUGAUUGGUUGUUUACUCAACGCAGUAACGUUAUAAUAGUCGCAGCGAGGGGUGUGUAUGAUUCGAUACUUGUUCGAUUUCGCUCUUUCUUUUCAAUCUUCAUUCUUUCUCAUCUUCGAUUUCGAAAGAGAGGAUCAUGAAGAAGACGAAUCGCCGAUCCAAGCAAUCGAGCCCAAUCCAUGCCUCAGCGUCGGACUCGAACGAAAAGCAAAUCUACGAGGAGAGGAUUCGCGAGCUCGAGGCGGAAAAUAAAGCAUAUAAGACGGAGAUUGCUGAACUAAGGCAGCAAAGACAGGGGAGUGAUUCAUCGGCUACUAGGAAUGGAGUUGAAAAGCUUAAGAAGGAGUAUCUUCAGAAGCUGAACUUGCUCGAAGAUCAGGUUACUGAAUUGAAGAUGAAACUUGGUACUCGGUCCCAGUUUUCAACUCAAAGGAAAAAAGUCGAUGAAUCAACUAAACAGUUGCAAUUCGAGAUUCAAAAUUUGAAGGCUCAAAAGGUUCAACUGCAAUGUAAGAUCAAAUUAGAAUCUGUGCAAUUUCGAUUAUGCAAGGCCCUACUUGAAAAAGAGGUUCUUCAGCUUAAGAAAGAGGGAAGGAGGAAUGAAGUCAAGACCCAAAGUUUGCUGGCUUCAAAUGAUAGGCUUAAAAUGGUUUUACAGCGGAAGACAGAGGAAGCUUCUGCUGCUACUAAACGUCUACAAGACAUGAUAACAGCACGAAAAGCUGUAUCACAUAGAUCAACUGGUGCUAGAAGUAGAAAUGGUCAAUUAAUUCUGGAUGCUGAGCAAGAACUAGAAGCCACAACUCAGUUACACAAGUUAUGUUCUCAAUAUGAAUCCAAAAUGGAAAAGAUGGCUGGAGAGAUUUCACAGCUGAAGGAAGAAAAUGAGAUCCUUAGGCAGGAAAAAUUAGGGUCUCAGCUACAGGAGGUAGACUGUGACAGUCAGGAGAAAGAUUCUGAUAUCCAAGAUUUAAAGGAACAAAUGAACAGCCUUGGUUCUCUACUUAGAGAAUUACAAUCGAGGAAGGAGAAGCUUGAUUUCAAGGAUAAGAAGCAGGGGGACCUGGGUCUGUUUCUUCUCUCUGAAGAGAGCAAUGACAAGAUAAAAAUGAAUACACCCGAAAUGGGCAGUGCAAGUGAGAAUAGUGUUAAGAGGGAGAGAACAAGUGAAGGGAUUUGCUGCUCAUGCAGUAAGAAGUCCUUGUGCAAAACUAAUAAAUGCAAGUGUCGAUCCAGUGGAGGGAGCUGCGGAGCAUCAUGUGGCUGCACACGUUUAAAGUGCACAAAUAGGGAACCAAACCAAUUAGAAGGAAGUGAACCGCUAAAAUCAGGUAAUACAGAAUGUACUCAAGAGGCUUCCGCUGAAGACAAAGAUGGAAGUGUGAUUGCUUCUGAAUGUGCUAAACUACUCCAGAGUGCACUUGUUCAGAAACCUGCUAGUUGCAAGGACAAUCUGGUUCCCAAAAAGAAGCCAUUACGUGACAUUCAGAACUCAAUGGCUAAAUUGGAUGAUCAAAAGCAAGGUAAGAAAAAGAAAGCGCGGAAACCAGUAAUUCAGCUAAUUACCAAUGACCCAAUAUCUUCCUCUCCAGAAAAUAGCAGCAGUAUUGAAACUCAGGAAAAUAAUCCAACGGGGUUGGACAAGGUGACAAAAUCAACUACAGAGAAUAAUUCUGGCCAAACAAAUGAAUUUGCCACAUCCAUUAGUGACGCACCUGGAUUUCGUCGUCUAAGAAAUCCAACCCGACAAGCAAAAUCCGUUGUCGAGAAAGAUAACUGUCUCAUUUAACAAGACUUGAGUGUGAAGUCUCUUUUUUUAAGGGGAAUACCAUAAGCAGCUGCAAGCAUUCCCCUUUGUUCUUCCUGGGUGUUGAAAAUUCAUGCCUAUGCUGAAUUGUCGAGUGUGUUUAGGUUGUUGAUUUGGAUCUCAUUAACUCCAUAGCGUGGUUUUCAUAAGAGGAGUCAUAAAAGAUAAAUUAAUACUCAGUUACUUGUCUUUUUCUUGUUUCCCCUCUCUUCUAACGCCCUUAUAUUUGAAAUACGGGCAUUUCAUUAUUUGCUUUCCAUCGCUUGAAACGGCGAGUGUAAUGAUCAAAAACCUUUUGAUAUCAGUGUCGGAACUCGGAAGUACCUAAUUUUGGUUUACAUACCAAUUAUUCCUCGAUA